AUGUAUAACCCGUACCAGCAACAGGGCAUGGGUUACCAGCAGCAGCAGCAGCAGCAGCAACAACCAAAUGGAUUCUAUCCGCAGCAGCAGCAAGGUCAGUCUACAAACCAACCCCAAGGCCAGCCUCAACGACUACAACAAAUGGCGUUUAACCAACCUCAAACCACUGGAAUCGGUGGGAUGGCUCAAAGCUUCGGUAAUUCUUUCACCAGUAUGCCACAGCAACCUCAAACGGGUUACAAUAAUAAUGGUAAUAACAAUGGUGCAUACGGUAAUGGUAACUUUGGCCAACAACAACAGCAAGUGAAACCGCAGCAUACGGGAUAUGUGCCUAAUGCCAAUGUCGGUGCCAGUAUGCCUAUGAUGAAUACUACUGGCACCAUGCCACCUCCUAAUCCGGCUCAGCAGCCUCAGUUACAAUCCAUACAACCCCAAAGCACAGGCUAUUAUCAGUCUGCUAAUACUGCGAAUGUACAUCCAGUACAACCAUUGCAAUCUCAGGGGACAGGCUAUUAUGUGUCUACACCUAAUUUGAUUCCUUCUAACCAAGCUCAACAGCCUCUUCAGGCUCAGGGUACAGGUUAUUAUCAAUCUCAGCCUCAACAGGCGCCUCCUGCUCAGCAAGCACAGUCUUUGCAACCUUUGAAGCCGCAGCAAACAGGAUUUUACCUUCAACCACAAAACCAAGCUCCCUUGGAGCCAUUAAAGCCCACCGCAACAGGCUUUGUCAACUCAUUUGCCAACAACGGUAUAAACAACGAUAUCAAAAUCCCUGCUAUUAGGUUGUCCUUCAUUACUGCGCAAGAUCAGGCGAAGUUUGAGACUUUGUUCAGAUCAAUUGUUACCAACGGUUCCAACACUGUUUCUGGCGCUAAUUGUAGAAAAAUUUUGAUGAGAUCCGGUUUGCCACCUUCUCAACUGGCAAGAAUUUGGACCCUCUGUGAUACGUCAAAAGCGGGUGAGUUGCUGUUUCCUGAAUUUGCAUUGGCAAUGCAUUUGAUCAAUGAUGUCUUACAAGGUGACACUAUCCCUUACGAAUUGGAUUCUAAGACAAGAAACGAAGUUUCAAGUUUUAUUGACGCCAUUAAUUUAAGUAUCGCAAACCAGGAUUCUUCCGCUAAUGAUGCUCCAAAGACUCCCUUUGAUGAAUUCAUUACCGCGGGCGUACAAAAUUUGCAACCGCAGCCAACAGGAUUUAUGCCUCAAACUAGUUUUGGUGUGCCAUUACAGUCUCAAAUUACUGGAGGUGGUGUUGCCCCAGCAUUGAAUCCCCAAUCCACAGGAUUCAUGGCACCCACUACUUUCAAUAUGUCAAUGAAUACGGGAACCCCCGGAUUGACCGCCCAAAUUACUGGAGGAGCUCCUGCUCCUAUGCAACCCACCAUUACUGGCAACACUUUACAACCUCAGGCAACUGGUAUGAUGCCACAGACUUCGUUUGGAGUUAAUUUAGGACCUCAAUUGACCGGUGGUGCCUUGCAAUCUCAGUAUACCGGAGGAUAUGGUUCCGUUAUGCCUCAGCAGACCAGUAAUUCAAGUAUGCCCAAUUUGUCCUUUAACCAACAAGGACUGCAACCUCAAGUAACUGGGUUGCAACCUCAACCAACGGGCUUUUUGCCACCAUCCAAUUUCAGUGCUACUAUGCCAUUGACUGCCCAAAAGACUGGGUUUGGUAAUAAUGAAAUUUAUACCCAAUCCAACUUUGGUAAUAACUUGAUUGAUAACUCAAGUCAAGACAAGAUUUCUACAGAGGAAAAAUCUUUGUUUUAUAAAAUUUUUGAAACUUUUGAUACUCAAAACAAAGGCCUGUUAAAUUCUCCCACGGCGGUGGAAAUUUUUAGAAAAUCAGGUUUAAAUCGUGCAGAUCUGGAACAAAUUUGGAACCUGUGUGAUAUAAACAAUACUGGCCAAUUAAAUAAACAAGAAUUCGCACUAGGUAUGCAUUUGGUUUAUGGUAAGUUAAACGGGAAACCCAUCCCCAAUGUCCUACCUCCAAAUUUAAUUCCUUCUAGCACAAAACUUUUGGACAAUCUAAAGAACCAAUUGAAGACAGAGCCAACCGCUACAAAAGAAAAACCUUCGUUUGGCAAAAUCGAUGCCUUGAGCUACAAGAAUAACGAUGAUGAUGUUUUGCCGAACUAUAGAAAUCGUAGGAAGGUUUACUCUGCGAAGAAUGAAGAGCAAUCUUCUUCUUUUUCUUCACCACCUACUAGAGUUGAGAAUCCUUCUAGCAGCCCUCUUCAAACUAACGACAUUUUGGAACACAAGACAGUUGAAAAAAAGACACCACAACCAAAAUAUACUGGGUUUUCAAGGGAAAUUAAUUUGAAAAAUAUUGCUGAAUUGGAAAAUGAGAUCAAAAAUAUCGGUAGUCCUGAAAACCCUUAUGAUAAUUCUAUUCCAUCGGAUUUGACAAGCCGUUUUGAUGCCAUUAUUGCCAAACUUCCAAAUUUAUUCAAUGAAAUUUCUACAAUUGAUAACGAGAUUACUAAUGCAAAAAUUCAGUUGUAUAGAAAAAAAAAUCCCUCUUCAAUAAUUGGAUCUGGUCCAAACGGUGAGAUAACCGAAAACGACAGGAAGAAGGCUAAGAGCAGAGCUUUGUUGAGAGCAAGGAUGUCUGCUCUAACAGGGAAAUCAACAGAAUCGGAGGAUUUACUUCCCACGGAAGAUGAGCAACAAAGUGCUGAAAUCAAGAGAAUCCAGCAGGAAAAUGGCAAGAACCAAGAAAUAAUUAAAGAUAUAAGAUCAUCUAUAUCAGAUAUUUCUGCAUCUUUGAAAUCUACUAUGACAGGGUCAGAUAUGAUAUCCAAUCAAGAAUUUGAAAGAUGGGAAUUUGGUAUAGGAUUAGAAGAUGGUGUUCGUGAAUUUUUGGAUGAUCUAAAGUCAAAUUCUAAUAAACUAGUGGCUGAAUCAUCUCCUUUUGUGCCUUCCUCAACACCAACUCCUGUAGAUGAUCGUUCUUCGUCGCCUUCUUAUUCUCAGUUCAAAACUGCCGAAGAAAGAGCUGCUUAUCUGAAAGAACAGGCAAAAAAGAGAAUGAAGGAGAAAUUGGCUAAAUUUGAAAAGAAUAGACGAAGCGUAACUCAAAAUUCCAGAUCAAUUAUAAACGAGAACUCUCAGGAACAACCGCAACAGAUUGAAGGUUCUUCCAGUUUAGUUGAACCUAGGGCAACUGCAUUGGAAGAGGAAAAAUACGUGGAACCUGUUCAACCCGUUCAACCCGUUCAACCCGUUCAACCCGUUCAACCUGUUCAACCCGUUCAACCUGUUCAACCUGUUCAACCUGUUCAACCUGUUCAACCUGUUCAACCUGUUCAACCUGUUCAAUCUGUUCAGCGUGUAUACAAUGAAAAGCAAGAAUCUGAUGAUGAUGAAGAUGAUGAAGAGAGGCGUUUACAAGAGGAACUAAAAAGAUUGAAACUUAAAAAAAAGGCUGAGAAAGAAAAAAGACUUGCAGCUUUACGUAAGCAAAUUGAGGAUGCUCAGAAUGAAAGUGACGAAGAGGAGGAAAAUGGAAAAAACAACUCUAGUGGCCCUAUGAACGUUCCUCGGACUGCCCCAGUCGCACCAUCUACACCUUUUUCGCAAAAUCCUGCUGGUGUCCCUAGCUCGGUACACGCCGCUGUUACCCCCGGUGCAAGUGCGAACACUACUGUUCUGCCACCUACAUCAACGGGCCAUAAUCCAUACUUCAAGGACGCAUCGGCUAGCUCCACAUCUACUUUUGAUACUCGUGCUGCAGAAAUGCAAAGAAGGAUCCAAAGAGGAUUGGACGAGGACGAGGAUGAUGGAUGGUCUGAUGAUGACGAGAAUAAUAACCGCGCAGCUGUGGGCAAUAAGGUUGAGCAAGCAAAUAUUGGUCAUCCCGAACAUGCCCGCGUUUCGCCUGUUGUUACUGCUCCUCCUUUGCCAUCAGUUGCCCCUGUUCCCCAGAUAGCUUCCGUUUCAGGAGGAACAGGAUCCCUUCAGGCAAAUACCUCUAAUGAAAAGAGUAAUCCUAUCCCAAUAGCCCCAACCCCACCUCCUGUCACUCAAGAGCCGCCCGUCCCGUUGGCUCCCCCUUUACCUGCUGUUGAUGGCUCUCAAGAACUCCCAGCUCCCUCAGUUCCUGCCGUAGCUACUGCCGUGCAAAAAUCCAGCUCUUCCACUCCAGCUUUAGCUGGAGGGGUUCUGCCUCCACCCCCAUCUUUACCAACCGAACAAGCUUCCAAUUCUGAACCUACUAUUGUUCAUGUUGAUAACGAAAAUGGUCCUGAAAAGGGCAUGGGCGCAUAUGGACCCGAUUCCGAUGAUGACGUUUUAUCGAUUCCCGAAUCAGUUGGUUCAGAUGAAGACGAAGGGGAUGCACCACCAGUCCCCACUACAAGUAUCCAAUCAAUUCCACCUACAGGCAUCCCUCCACCCCCACCUCUACCAUGA